UACAUUGUCAAUCUACAUAAGGUGAAGUUAUUUAACCUUGUAGGGUAAAUUAGAUAGUCAUGCUUACAAAUGAAAUGUAAAAAAAUAUUGAACAGAUAUCUAACUCUGAAGACUAUUACUGUUAGCAAGUAUUAGUAGCUUCUUGAACAUUACUGCAAGCUGUGGAUCACUGAACAUGUUUAAAUUAACACCAGCAAAAGCAUCUUAUGGCCGAAAGUCCAAAAGCAAUUGCAAGAGAGAGAGAGAGAGAGAGAGAGAAAGAAAGAAAGGGUGAAAAGGUAACAACAAGAAGAAAUGGAAUAAAGGCAAAGGCUACACUUGACAUUUUGUCUUCACAGUGUAAGCCAAACAAAUGUAAAAAGCUUCAAAUUUGCUUCCCAUGUCCUUCUUCCCUCUUUGUGCUUUUCCUUAACCUCACAUUCCCACAAACAUUCUCUGUCUCGUCCCUUAUACCCUUUUCUCUGUUCUUCAACAAUGGCAGAUUCAAUCUCCAGCACCAAACCCCCAAAAUCAACUUCUGAACAGAACAAAGAAGAUCCAAAUAAGUUCUACCACCAUUUCCUAUACAAAGCCGCCAUAGUUCUCAUUUUCUUCGUUAUUCUUCCACUGUUCCCCUCACAAGCUCCUGAGUUCAUCAACCAAUCUCUUUUCGCCAGAAACUGGGAAUUCCUCCACCUUCUCUUCGUCGGUAUCGCCAUCUCUUACGGCCUCUUCAGCCGUCGCAACAACGAAACUGAGAAAGAGAACAACUCAAAAUUUGAUAGUGCACAAUCACUUGUUUCCAAGUUCCUUCAGGUUUCUUCGUUUUUCGAGGAUGAUGCUGAAAGUGAAAACCCCUCUGAGUCUGAUGAAACCACAAAAAUUUAUACUUGGAGCAAUCAGCACCAUAGAAACGAACCUGUGAUUGUUGUGGCCAAACAGAGAAAUGAAAAGCCUUUGCUUUUACCAGUUAGGAGCUUGAAGUCUCGUUUAGUUGAUGACCCUGAAGCUGCUGAAUCAUGCACUGAACCUUUCUCUGUUAGCAGAUCAAACUCUAGAACAGGGUCGAAAAGAUUUUCAAGCAAUUUGAACAGAGCUAGAAAUGCAGAAGUUGAAGGUCCUGGUAGUACAAAAGUGGAGGAUAAGGUGAAAGAGAAGGAGAACGUUGUGCUUCCUUCUCCAAUUCCAUGGAGAUCAAGGUCAGGAAAAAUGGAACCUAAACAAGAAGUUUUUGAUGCCCCUGCCCCUUCCUCUGCAUUUGCAGAACUUGCUUCAAAGCCUUCCAUGGAGGAAUCUGAAAUCAACAAGGUGGAAUCUCGUUCAGUGAAGUCUCAAACUCAAAAUUCACGUUCAUUCAGAGCAAGUUCUGUGUCUCCUUCAACAAAGUUCACUCCUAUGGCUUCUUCUUCAUCAGAAUCACUUGCUAAGAAUACAGAGGAUUUGUUGAGGAAGAAGGGGUUUUACAAGUCUUGUCCUCCUCCACCCCCACCUCCCCCACCAAUGGUUUUUCAGAAAUCAGUCUCCUUCAAACCAAGGAAUGGAAAUUCAUUUAAUGAAGAAGCUUCUUCCAUUGAUAAGGAGUUGAAGAGAAGCUUCACAAGUGAGAGAAAUCGCAUGAACCAGAGCAGAGUUGAAUCAGGAAUACAAGUGAAACCAAUAGGGUAUGUAAAGAAAGAAGGAAUGAAUGCAAAGCUGAAGGCAAGUCAAGAAGAGGAAGGAGAUGAAGAAGAUGAAGAAGAAGAAGAUUCCAAGCAAGAGUCAACAAGAAAGAACAUGGGAUUCAGAAAUGACAAAUUCAUGGGGCAUUCAAGUGUCCCUCUUGUGUCAGAGCCAGCUUCAAUGGAAUUUGCAGAGGAAGGGAUCAAUGAAAGCUUUCUUGGCAAGUUAAUUGAGGAAUAUGAUGAUGAAGACACAGAAUCUGAGGAAGAAGAAGAAGUUAAUGGAGAAGGAAGAUUAAUCAUUCAGAAAGAGAGUGGAGAAGAAAGUUCACAAGCAGAGGGAGCUUCUUUUGGGACCAUAGUGGGUGAUGAAGGACCUGAUGUAGAUAAGAAGGCUGAUGAGUUCAUCGCCAAAUUUAGAGAGCAAAUCAGGCUUCAGAGAAUUGAAUCUAUCAAGAGAAGUACACGGGUUGCAAGGAACUCUUCAAGGUAAUCUUGAAGAAUGAAGAUCCCUCUGUAUUAAAGUGGAUGUUUUCUUUUCCACUGUAUUUAAGGUUGUAGUUGGAUUUGUGCUUUAGCUAUUUCCCCCAUAAGAUUACUGUAUAGACAUAUGGCAAGUUAAGGAUUUAAGAGGGAAAAUUAUUGAAUGAGAAAUAAUUUUUUUUAAAGUUUUAAAUGUCAUCUUUUUUUCUUAAGUGGCUUCUUAUGGAGUAGCUUAGCAAAACCUUGGACAUUGACUCAUUUUACCUGCAAUAUGCUACAA